CCACCCAAUCCUCCAUCCUUCCUUUCUUUUUUUUUCCCCUUCAUCUUUCCUCCACCAAUUCCCAUCACCAUAACCGAAAAAACUUCCACAUUUCCUUCGCUUUUCUUUCUUUUCCUUCCCUUUUUUUCGCUUCACCAACAUGAUGACAACUCUUAAAUCCGAUCAACUCAAACAACUAAAAGAUAUAUUCAUGCGUUUCGACCUCGACAACGACGGCAGCCUAACACAGCUCGAACUCGCUGCCCUCCUCCGUUCCCUCGGCCUCAAACCAGGUGGCGAUCAACUCCACGUAUUGCUCGCAAAAAUAGAUCAUAACGGAAAUGGAUCAAUCGAAUUCGAUGAACUUGUUGAUGCCAUUAUGCCUGACAUAAAUGAAGAUAUAUUGAUGAAUAAAGAUCAACUCAUGGAGCUUUUUCGGACGUUUGAUCGGGAUGGUAACGGAUACAUUACUGCUGCGGAACUUGCUAAACAAAUGGCGAAAAUGGGUCAUCCGUUAACGUAUAGAGAAUUGUCGAGUUUAAUGCAAGAAGCUGAUACUAAUGGAGAUGGUGUUAUAAGUUUUAAUGAAUUUGCUAAUAUUCUUGGAAAAUCUGCGACUGAUUUUCUUGGAUUAAAUACUACUGUCUCCGAACCAAUGGCUUAGUUAAUAAUUCAUUCCAAUUUAUGUGACAUGUUUUGAAUUUAGAGACUCAAAAAUUGACAUUUUGGGAGAAAUGUUUAUAAGGUGGUCUUUCGUGUCAGUUUCAUCCAACAUGGUAUCAUUAACGUUGGAAAAAUAAUCUUUUGUUGAACCUAGUUUGAGAAUUUGGGAUGAAUAAUUGACUUGGUGUGAUGAACCUUUGUUGUAUUUUAUUUAUGUUUACCUUUUUUUCCUUUUCAACUUUUUUUGCUUUUAAGGUCAGAUUAUAGGACAUUUAAUUCAUCCUUCACGGCACUUCUCUCAACCUGCAUGAACGCAGGAUGCUACGUGUACCGGGCUGCCUUUUAUGUCAUUAGGUGCAUUUGAUUUAAGGAGGCGAAAGACAAUUGACGAAGUUGUAAAUUGUAAUGUCUUUUUAACUCUUGUAAUAACUAUUUAUGGCCAUGUCUUCUUUGUAUUG